UAACAUAUGGCAACUUGAUCACACCUUUUAUUUCAAGACAGAGCUUCCCCAACUAUAGAAUAAAUAAUUUUUUUUCAUGAUCACACAAUAAUCAUUCUUACCUUAAUUACAACCCUAGUAGGAUACAAAAUAAUAAAUACCAUAUACAACUCCUUUACUAAUCGAGUCCUCCUAGAAGAACAAGAAACUGAAACACUGUGAACCAUCAUCCCAGCUCUCAUAUUAAUCUUCAUUACCCUACCCUCUCUCCGACUUCUAUAUCUCAUAGAUGAAAUUAGUAACCCCACUCUAACAGUAACUAUUGGUCAUCAAGGAUACUGAUCAUACGAAUACUCAGACUUCACUUCUAUUGAAUUUGAUUCCUACAUAAUUUCUGAAACAGAAGGAUCCUCAGCUUCCUUCCGAUUACUAGAUGUUGAUGACCGCACAGGCCUUCCUAUAAAUACCCAAAUUCGAUUAAUAAUCACCGCUGCUGAUGUCAUCCACGCCUGAACAGUCCUAGCGCUAGGAAUAAAAAUUGAUGCAAUCCCAGGACGUUUAAAUCAAUAUUCAAUUAUAAUCAAUCGUCCUGGCCUAUUCUUUGGACAAUGCUCAGAAAUCUGUGGAGCAAACCACAGCUUCAUACCAAUUGUUGUCGAAAGCGUUAAUACCUCAUCCUUCAUUGAAUGAAUAAAUUCAAUAGUCGAAU